AUGAGACGCUCUACUGCCUGUUGCCGACGGCUUGUGCGGCGUUGCUGCCACGGCAAUGGCCCGGUAGCGCAGCAGCAGCAGCAGGCGUCGGCCGUAAACCCGCUGCUCGGUGCCGCGACGGAGACCGGUCCGCUCGCGCGACAAUUACUAGAGAGACAUCGACAACGCCAUACGGCGCAGUUGAGCAUGACAGUGAGCCAGCAGCAGCAGAAGCAACGACAACUGCAAAAGCCGCAGGAACAAUCCGCAGGUGCGGUGGGAGUGAGGCCAAAUAACAGCAAGCCGGCGCCAGAUGCCGUUGAAUCUUAUGGCAAGGCGGCUCUUGUGGCGAACCUAGCGCAUGUCGUGGACGUGAGCGCGGUCGGUACUCGCGACCUGAUGCAGGCCACUGAGAAGGAAUGGGAUGCAUUAACGGCGCAGAGUAGGCUCUCAGCGGCCCUCGCAGGUGCGAACAGCAAGCGUGCUGCCCGUAUGGUGAUGCGACACGCGCGUUCCGCCUCUGCGGCUCGGUUGGCCAAGUCGCCUGGAGACGUGCCGACGCCCUAUGAAGUACUGCUGCAGCGGUACGCCACCGUUGUGCCGACGAGACGUGCAAAUCCUGCAACAUCGGAGGCUACCUGCAGCUGGCGGGUGAAUAUGCCUGCCGUCCUGAAGCAGAAGGGCACUCUGCGCGGUGUGCUUGCGCGCCGGGAGCAGCUCGAGCGCCACCGCGAGUGGCAGCUGGUGAAAGACGUUCAGUUUCCAGCGUUUUCUGCUGCUUCUGGCCAUGGCCCGAUGGCGUGUGGAAACAACGUGAGGGCGCCGAGUCAUGUCACCCACAGCACUCUUGCCGGUAGCAGCAGCAGCAGCAACAGCAGUGGCAUCGGUGGUCCCUCCUCGCCUGUCUUUCGUCGGUACUGUCUUGAAUUUGGCAGCUGCACGUUGAGGCAGGCGGGGUUUCUGACAGACCCGAUGACGUACUACGUGCUGAGCAACCUGCACUUGACGGGUGAUGAGUCGUUGCUUGAGGUCCGCCAGAAGGCGGAGGCGCUGAGCCACCGCUACAAAUGUGCGCAUCUUCCGUGA